CAAUAUUUAUGCAAACUGGUUAAUUAAUACCCUUGCACUGGCCUGAGAUUAAUUGUAGUAAAGUAGGAUAUAAUGAGCAUAAAGUUCAUUCUCGAGAUCAUUUUGGGACACGUUUACUUCAUAGACUAUAAAGAUUUCUUUGAUAUUUUCUCAAAAAGACGUUUUCGUUAGACUGCGGAAGUGCCUUUGUUCUCAAAUAAAGGGCGGGACCAGACAAAGUGGGGCGUGCUAAAUGUUUGAAUUUUCGGCGGCAAACAAAGUAGGAGAAACUAUCCAAUGACCACGGGAAAAUUCAAAACGUCGGCCAAUGAGAGAUCCUUAAAGCCUUACCCAAUCGCUUUGGGGGUGAUUAUAGUUAUAACAGCAUGUUCGGCGCGAUAUCUGCAUUCACUGUUGUUCGCGGAUAAGUUCUGAAAUAAUGGCUAGAACUAAGCAGACCGCUCGUAAAUCCACUGGUGGUAAAGCCCCCAGAAAGCAGCUUGCUACCAAAGCUGCACGUAAAAGCGCCCCAGCUACUGGCGGCGUGAAGAAGCCUCACCGCUACAGGCCUGGUACAGUAGCCUUGAGAGAGAUUCGUCGCUAUCAGAAGUCCACUGAGCUGCUGAUUCGUAAGCUGCCCUUCCAGCGCCUGGUGAGAGAAAUCGCCCAGGAUUUCAAGACCGAUCUUCGCUUCCAAAGCUCGGCCGUCAUGGCUCUGCAGGAGGCCAGCGAGGCGUAUCUGGUUGGUCUGUUCGAGGACACCAACCUGUGUGCCAUCCACGCUAAGAGGGUGACCAUCAUGCCCAAAGACAUCCAGCUGGCUCGCCGUAUCCGUGGCGAGCGUGCUUAAGUGAUUUUGAUUCGAUCAUGUUAAAUUUAAUAAUCCCAAAGGCUCUUUUAAGAGCCAC